AUGUCGCUCUUCGGCCAACCCGCCUCUGGCCAAGGGAGCUCCAGUGGCCCUUUCUCAGGCUUGAACCUCAAUACCAACACAGAUGCACAAGGCAACCGAAAGUCUAUCUUCGACAGCGCCGCACCUCAACAAACAACUUCCACGGCCUUUCCCACACUGAACACAACAAGCUCCUCUGGCUCACUCUUCAACCUGGGUGGCGCCCCCAAAACAUCCGCUCCUACACUAUCUUUCGGAACCGCUCCUACCACCUCAGCCCCUUCGACAGGUCUCUUUGGAGCCCCAACUUCAACCUCACAGCAGCCCACUUCAACGACGUCACUCUUUGGCGCUCCCGGGACGCAACAGUCGGCAAAUAACACCUCGACUUUUGGGAAUACCCUCUCCACGAGCACUGCUGCUGCGACAGGCGCACAGCAGAACGAUGCUGCUCCUUCACAAGCUAGGGAUGCGGCGUAUUUCAGCAGUCUGCUGGAGCGACAGAAAAAAAAGCCUAGAAUGAAAUCGGAAAACAAUGGUCGACUGCCUCAAUUGCCUGGACUGAAUCUCGAUCUGGGGGAUCUGGCUCGGCGUGCACAAGAAAUCAGACAGCGAGGAUCCAAGCCCACAGAGCCUCACACUGACAGUCGAGCACAUUAUCUGCUCGCUGGCUCUGGCAUUGCCCCGGGACAGGCUUAUAAGGAUUUUCAGGCUCUUGGGCCUGAUGAUCGUGCCACGAUAUCCAGGACUGCUGCAGACACUUUUGCCGACGAGUCCAGUGCCUACCUCAGAGACCUGCGAACCAAAGGCCGUGAAGCUAUGAUGAGAGAGGGUAUGGAUCGUGUAUAUCGAGAAGUCGACAAAAUAAUCGACGAGAGCCUGGGGUUCGAUUUGGAGGAGCAGAAAUUGAGGAUUAUGGAGCACUUUGGCUUGGUGCCGCCCACUGAGGAUGGGGGUGAGGAUGGGGGUGAGGAUGGCCGGACACCCUUCGGUAAAUCUUCGAUGCGAGGCAAGGAAGGGUUCUCCUCCACGUCUCGUGGGCCUCGGAGUGUAUUCGGUCGUUCCGCAAUUGAGAAGUCCAUUAUUGGCACUCCUGGCACUGGCGCUGGGUCAGCAUCCUUCUUUAAGAGCGACGGAUCAGCCCCCGCAUCAUCGGCCUUUUCGAGAGGCCAGAGCUCUCGCGAUCUCCGCGAGAAAGAAAAGGCGAUGAUCGCAAAGGUUGAGGAAUUGAACCGAGCGCGACUACAAGACGCACCAUACCCACUUCUCCAGGCUUUCGCUGAAGCCGAAGAGGGAUAUAUUGGGGACACUCCUCGACAACUCAUUGACGCAUACCACGCUCUCCGCGAGAUCACCAGGGAAGGCAGACCUCCUGUCAGAGAAAGACAAUAUGCACAGGCGUAUCUGGAUGAAUCCGGCAGCGUCGAAGCUACAAAGCUCAAGAAGCAAAUCUUGGAAGGCUCUCGGACUUACUUGGAGAAGUCAUUCUGGCGAGAACUGAGGUCACUCAUUGAGAGAAAUGCACGAGAGGCGGCCCUGGGCGGACAGCCGAGUGUCGUCAAUAUUGUUCGCGCUUAUAUUCGCUUGCGUGCCGUCCGGCGUGACCUGGUACCCGAUGGCGCAGAGUUGCAGCAGGACAAGGACGAAAAAGGCGAUUACCUUUGGGUGGUCAUCUUCUACCUACUGAGAUGUGGGUUUGCCAAAGAAGCGGCAGACUACGUCAAUAACACCCCGUCUUUUCAAUCUACCGACCGGAAGCUCCUCUCCUACCUUCUAGCCUACACCAACAGUCCAGACCGACGCCUCAGCCGAAAGCUGCAAGAUAUGAUCGACAAUGAAUACGCGAAAAUGACCAAAGUGGCUCAGAAGAGCGCUGUCGAUCCAUACAAGAUUGCUUGCUACAAGGUGUUGGGGCGAUGCGAUUUGAAUUCUCGGAAUUUGGAGGCCGUCGGUCAAGGAGUCGAAGACUGGCUGUGGCUCCAAUUUACGCUUGCCCGCGAGACGGAUAGAUCAGAGGAGAUCUCGGGCGAGAUCUUCGGUCUCGAUCAGAUCCGGGAGACGGUUACGGAGAUUGGCGAGAAGCAUUUCCAGAAAAGCCAGAUGGAGGGUUCGAGUGCCUAUGGCACAUUUCUCUCGAUGCAGGUCCUUGCCGGCAUGUUCGAACAAGCGGUCGACUACUUGCAUACCUUCAACCCCGUCAGCGCAGUGCAUUUUGCAAUUGCGCUGGCAUACUAUGGUCUGUUGAGAGUAUCUGACUUUACUGUCGCGGGCAACGAGCUUCUGACAUAUUCGACCACCCAGUUGCCAAUGAUCAACUUUGUACCGCUAAUAGCACACUACACGGCCACGUUUAGAUCAGCACUCCCGGUAGCAGCGGUGGACUAUCUCUCCUUGAUCUGCUUGAACUCCGACCUCCAACCCGCCAGCCUUGGUCUGGUCCAUACGAAUGCAUGUCACGAGUGUCUUCGGGAGCUGUGUCUUGAGACCCGUGAAUUUGCCAAACUCCUUGGGGACAUUCGCAGCGACGGGACCCGGAUACCAGGUGCCAUUGAAAUUCGAGCCAACUUGAUCAAGCUGGACAGCCGCGAAGAUUUCCUCAAAUCCAUCACAAGCCAGUCGGCUGCCGUCGCUGAUCAACGUGGCCAAAUCGCGGAUGCAGUCCUGUUGUAUCAUUUGUGCGAGGACUACGACAACGUGGUCAGUGUGCUGAACCGAGCGCUUGCCGAUGCGGUGACAUUGGAUCUAGGGGAAUCUCCCAUGCAAUUGCAACCUCUGAAACCUCGACGAUUCGAUGGUCAGAAUGGAUCAUCGACCAGCAGUCAGGGCGCCGGGCCCCAGUCGUCUCUGUCCCUGACACAAUCAACAACAUCGCCGAUCGAGCUGGCCAGGAACAUGAUCUCGUUGUACAACAGCAAUGCGGCGUACUACAAUGUGAUAUCAGCCACGAAUCGAGAAGUCUGUGGUGCUCUACUUCGCCUGCUGUCGGUGCGAUCGCGCCUGGAAGCCAACCCCCCUCAAUUCAUGACAGCCUUGGAAGAAUUGAACGACCUCAACAUCCUCCCACUACGAGCCAAUGGAUCUAUACCCGUCAUUCGGGCUGCAGCUACCGCCUUUGGGACGCUUCCACAGAUUCUGGCUCGUUGUGCGGGCAUUAGUGUCGUUUGGGCAGUCCGAGCCAUCGGAGGAGAACGAGACAACAUCAUGAGGAACGGAAGUUGGGAGGCAGGAAACGGAGGUGAUACAGAGGGCAUGAAAGAUCAAUUGAGUGACAUGGCCAAAGACUUGAUGGUGUUUGCCGGACUGGUGAAAUACAAGUUGCCCAGCCGCGUGUAUGACAUGUUGACCCGCGCGGGGGGCGAGGUCGGAGCCUUCUGA